AUGGCUGAGGGAGCCUCUCCUCCCUCGGACAUUCCCCCGGAUCUUCUCUUCUUGUCUUCUGCUCCUCCGCUCACUUCGUCGUCUGCUUCUAUUGAGGCUAUCUCCCCUACGGUUUCAAUCCCGGCAUCACCUCCUUUGCCUUGUGCUCCUCUGUCAGGUUGUCCUCCGGUCUCCUCUUCGGAACCUUCGGCAACUUCUCUACCGGACAAAUCAACUUCUUGGAUCUCCAAUUUCAAGCCCCAAUUCAAAAAUUUAACGAAGAUUGGUUCCCCAACUAUGUCUUCCGAUGGUAUUCCUCAGAUCCAGGCCCCUGAUUCCAUAGUCUUGAGUUCAGCUCAGAUCUGGAAGAAUCAUAUUGUCGCCUACUUUCACGGGAACCCUCCUUCUGUAGCCAAGAUAUUCUCCGAUUUGAAUCCGAUUUGGGGUUUAAAAGGUCUUAUUUCAAUUAAGCAUCAUUCUCCGGGAGUUUUCCUUAUUCUUAUUCCAAAUCUCGACACAAGGAAUUGGGUUCUAGAUGUUGGCUUCUGGCAUUCGGGAAAUUGUUCUAUCACUGUAACUCCUUGGGAACCUUCAUCAUCUACUCGCAGAAUGAAGCUGGUACAUGCCCCUGUUUGGGUCCUCUUUAGGCGUGUUCCACCGGAGCUCUGGUCGGAGGUUGGCUUCAGUACCAUUGCGUCAGCGGUGGGGAUUCCUGUCCAUUCCAAAUUUCCCAAUAUUAAACCCUACUCUAAUGGAGUGGUCAAGCUAAGAGCCAACUCAAUUCGGAUCAAGGAUAAAUUUGGGAAUUUUGCUCUGGUUUUGGUUGAAGUUCUUAAGCUCCCUCCAAAGUGUAGUAAUUGUCGAGAGUUUGGUCACCUGGAGUUACGUUUCCCCUCAACAAUUGUCCCACUUGCUCCAAUGGCUCAAUUGUUGGCAAAAUCCUCUACUCCUUCAAAGGGAACUUCUUCUCCGAGAUCAGUUCCUGCUACUUCAAAGGAAGUCUUGGUUGUGGAGGAUUCUGAGAGUAAUCAGGAAGCUCAGGAUGUUCACUCCUCCUCCAGUGUUCAAGACCAUUUAUCUCCCUCAACUAGUUCUACUGUAAUUGUUAUUUCGGAAGACGCUCCGGUGAGUGAUCCUCUGGAUGGGUAUACUAAAGUUACGAAGAGGUCCAAACCUCCUACGGUUUCUCAAACCUCUUCAGAGAAUGCUCGUCGAGCACAACCGGUGACUUCAUCCCAGUUUGGUGAAGAAGAGGAUGUUAAUAAAAGUGCCCAAGUGGUUAUUAGGAAUCGUUUCAAGGCCUUACAAUCAAUGGGAUCCUUUCCAACACCCCUGCUCAUUCCAAAAAUGCAGAGGCGAGUUCAGAGGCAGCAAGCUCGUCAGAUUUCCUCUUCUCUGACAACUAGACCUCCUCCGGAUCCCGAGGAAGUGGAUUCCUGUACUUCAGUUUCGUCUUUUGCAAGUCCGUCAGAGCAUCCGCGCUUAGCAGGUGCUCUUGUUACUGAUUCCUAG